UCACCCACAGGAGCCCAGAAACCUUCCAUGUCAGAGAUGCUGUGGCUGCUGCCUCUGCUGUGGGCUGGGUCCCUGGCUAAGGAUGGAGGAUACACAGUGAGUGUGCAGACACCUGUGAUGGUGCAGGAGGGCUUGUGUGUUUCUGUGUCCUGCAACUUUACUGCAUCGCGGACCUCUUGGACUUCUAUCCAUACAUAUGGCUCCUGGUUCCCAGAAGGGGCUAAGGAAUUCCACGAUGCUGCUGUGGUCACAAGCAACCAGACUCGUAACGUGCAGGAGGAGACCCAGGGCCGAUUCCACCUCCUCGGGGAUCCCAGAACCAACAACUGCUCCCUGGACAUCAGAGACGCCAGGAGGACAGAUAACAGAUCAUAUUUUUUUCGAGUGGAGAGGGCAGGUUACCAAGAGUUUAAAUAUUCUUACAAAGAUAACAUGCUCUCCGUGCAAGUGACGGCCCUCAACCACACACCCCACAUCCUCAACCCGGGGACCAUGGAGAGCGGCCGCCCCAGGAACCUGACCUGCUCUGUGCCCUGGGCCUGUGAGCGGGGCACGCCCCCCACCUUCUCCUGGACGUCAGCAGCCCACACCUCCCUGGGCCCCAGGACCCGCCUCUCCUCCGUGCUCACCCUCACCCCACGGCCCCAGGACCACGGCACCAACCUCACCUGUCAGGUGCAUUUUCCUGCCGCUGGUGUGACCGUGGAGACAACCAUCCAGCUCAACGUCACCUGGGAACCGAGGACGAAGGCAGACGUGGUUCGGGCGGCUGUCGGGGGAGCCGGUGUCACUGCACUGCUGGCUGGCUGCCUCUGCCUCAUCUAUUUUGUAGUGAAGACCCGCAGGAAGAAAGCCGGGACAGCAAUGAGCAUGGACAACAUCCACACUGCCAUGGGGCCAGCUUCCCUGGUGAGUAUCAUGGACAACCUGGGUCACCAGAAGACUCCGGAGUUUGACAGCCCAGCUGCUGACUCCACUAGCUCUGCAGAGGCCGCCCCGACCUUGAGGGUGGAGCCAGAGGUGUAUUAUGCCUCCAUCCGCUUUCAGGGGAAGAAACCUCCUCAGAGAAGCACCGAAUCAGAAUACUCAGAUGUCAGGACCCAGUGA